GCCGCGGUCCCGAGCGAGUGAGGGGUUGGUGCGGGGCCGCCAUGGAGGGUCACGGCGUGGAAGCGCUGCUGGCCGAGGCGGCGCAGGCCGAGGCGGAGACGCUGCGGCGCAUCACGGUGCACAAGGAGCUGGAGCUGGAGUUCGACUUGGGGAACCUGCUGGCGGUGGACCGGAACCCCCCGACGGCGCUGCGGUCGGCCGGGCCCGCGCCGGAGGCCGAGCUGCGGGCCCUGGCGCGGGACAACGCGCAGCUGCUCAUCAACCGGCUGUGGCAGCUGCCCAGCGCGCGCGUGGACGAGGCGCUGGUGGCGCAGCUGCCCGAGCCCACCACCCGCCUGCCCCGGGAGAAGCCGCUGCCGCGGCCGCGGCCGCUCACGCGCUGGCAGCAGUUCGCGCGCCUCAAGGGCAUCCGCCCCCGGAAGAAGACCAACCUGGUGUGGGACGACGCGAGCGGCCAGUGGCGCCGCCGCUGGGGCUACCAGCGCGCCCGGGACGACACCAAAGAGUGGCUCAUCGAGGUGCCCGGCGGCGCCGACCCCCUGGAGGACCAGUUCGCCAAGCGGAUGGAAGCCAAGAAGGAACGCGUGGCCAAGAACGAGCUGAACCGCCUGCGCAACCUGGCCCGCGCGCACAAGCAGCAGCUGCCCAGCGCCGCCGGCCUGCGCCCCACCGGCCACCAGAGUAAGGAGGAGCUGGGCCGCGCCAUGCACGUGGCCAAGGUGUCCACCGCCUCCCUGGGGCGCUUCCAGGAGCGCCUGCCCAAGGAGAAGGCACCCCGGGGCGCCGGCAAGAAGAGGAAGUUUCAACCCCUUUUCGGAGACUUUGCAGCCGAGAAAAAGAGCCAGUUGGAGCUACUUCGAGUUAUGAAUAGCAAGAAGCCCCAGUUGGACGUGACCAGGGCCACCAAUAAGCAGAUGAGGGAGGAGGACCAGGAGGAGGCCGCCAAGAGGAGGAAAAUGAGCCAGAAGGGCAAAAGGAAAGGGGGCCGGCAGGGGCCCGGGGGCAAGAGGAAGGGCGGCGGUAGCGGCCCCCCCAAGAGGAAAGGAGGCUUGGGCGGCAAGAUGCAUUCCAGGCAACCUGGCGUGGGUGGCAAGAGGAAAGGAGGGCAGCAGCAAGGAGGGAAGGGGAGGAAGUGAUCCUCUCCCCCCUGACUGGUCUGGAAAGCCAGGAGAGGACCGCUUACAUACUUAAGUACUGUACUAGGGGAGUUGGAGGAGGGUGACCCUCCCCUCCAGAGAAUGUACUGUUCAUCCACCAUUAACACUUUGGUUGACUUUGGCUGGAUGUAUUUGAGCACAUAUGAAUGGGGGUGCAAAUUGCUGGGAACUGGGAAUUCUUUAACAGCUAUCUUUACCUUUCUUCAUUGUAACGUUCUGUACGGGGUGAGACUUGGUCCUAUUUGAAAGAUUUCACAGUUAUUUUUAACAGUAAACUUUUAAUGAAA